CGCGGUAGACCGGGCGGAGCGCUGGGUGCAGAACCGUGUGGAGGCUGGAAAUCGUGGGUGCCCCUCGUCCGGACCAUGUCUGGCUGCCACGGUCCGGAGGGAGACUGCUGCUCACGGCAAUGCGUCGCGCAGGACAAUGAACAUCCAAGAUACCUGAUUCCAGAACUUUGCAAGCAGUUUUACCAUUUGGGUUGGGUCACUGGAACUGGAGGAGGAAUUAGCUUGAAGCAUGGCAAUGAAAUCUACAUUGCUCCUUCAGGAGUGCAAAAGGAACGAAUUCAGCCAGAAGAUAUGUUUGUUUGUGAUAUAAAUGAGCAGGAUAUAAGUGGACCUCCAGCAUCUAAGAAGCUAAAAAAAAGCCAGUGCACUCCCCUUUUCAUGAAUGCGUACACAAUGAGAGGAGCAGGCGCAGUGAUUCAUACCCACUCUAAAGCUGCUGUCAUGGCUACUCUCCUCUUUCCAGGACGAGAAUUUAAAAUCACACAUCAAGAGAUGAUCAAAGGAAUAAGGAAAUGUACCUCAGGAGGCUAUUUUAGAUAUGAUGAUAUGUUAGUGGUACCUAUUAUUGAGAACACACCUGAAGAAAAAGACCUCAAAGAACGAAUGGCCCGUGCAAUGAAUGAGUACCCUGACUCCUGUGCAGUCCUGGUCAGGCGCCAUGGAGUGUACGUGUGGGGAGAAACAUGGGAGAAGGCUAAAACCAUGUGUGAAUGUUAUGACUAUUUAUUUGAUAUUGCUGUAUCAAUGAAGAAAGUAGGACUUGAUCCCACACAGCUCCCAGUUGGAGAAAAUGGAAUUGUAUAAGCCAAACAAAAGUUUAAUUAUACAGAGAUUAAACUAAACUUAAUAAUUAUUUAAGUGAAACAAUUAUUUUUUAAAUAAAUUGAAAUUUUCCAAAAACACCAUUGAUUUAUCACUAAAUGCUACAGAUGAUCGCAUUUAAUCUCUUCUGACAUUGAAUGAUAUUUGCUCAUAUUCUUGUAAUUUAAAUGACAGGACAGUGGAAUAAAAAAUUUUUACUCAGUA